AUGCGUGCACACAGAGUUGACACAUUUCUCAUAAGAGAAAACGUCAGAUUAGAGAUCAUUCAUGAAUCGAACUCAUAUUUUGGUGGGGAGCAUAUAUCAAUUGCCUUUCGCUUCAAACACCUAGGCUCACAACAUGAUUUUUUCAACCUUAAAGAACAACUCUGCACUCUUGAUAAAACGGUUGAAGAGAAACUACAGCAACAAGCGAGCUUGCAAGAAAACGAAGAAAGCAAUGCAGAGAACAAAACCUGGUCCAUGAAAUCACUACUAGGUGCUUUCAGGAAAACUAGCAAUACGGAUGAUGCCACGGAUGUUCAAAACAUGGAAAUGCUCAAUAAGAAUAGGGUUUUAAGAGAAAAAAUUCAGAAGCAAUUACAUUUCCAUCAACCUUUGUCAUUAAUUUCAGGCUAUGUUCAAAUUUCAGGCGUUUUUCAAUACGAUUCAGAAGUCAUUGCCCAGUCAAAAUUUAAACAAAAUGAAAUAAAAAUGGUUGGGCUAGAUAUUCUCUCUGGUCAUGGUACGAAAUAUGUUGCUGCAUCCGAAGAUGGAGACCGACUUAAGGGCAAUAGAAAUUUAACAAAGUAUUUCAACUCAGAUUUUUCGAAUGUAACUAAUGGUCUUCUUUCCCCAGAAAUAACUUCUACGGGGGCAAUUUCCAGUUAUAGUGAACCAGUUUUAGUGAAUUCAAAUGAUACUAGCAUAAGAGUUCUACCGCUUUUGUUGAUACCACAAACACUUCUUUUUUCAGAGAUUUCUUUAGAGCCAGGCGAAGUUAGAACUUUCUAUUUCAAAUCUACAAAAUUACCAAAGGAUAUUUGUCCAAGUUAUUCCUCCUCAAAAAUCGUGUCAAUAAAUUACACCCUUGAGGUUGGUGUAGACGUGCUAUCUGACGACAACAUCAAACCAUUUUCUAAUAAAGUUCCGAUAGUAAUCGCGCCAUAUAUCAGUCCUAAUGCUGAGCAGUACACAUCACAUUUUGAUAAACCCCCAAUCAUAUUAAAGGCCGGUAACAUCAAAGAGUUAAAGCCGCGUCCGUUUACUCGAAAAGUUUCUACAGCUUCUGCCAUAUCAUUUGGUAGAAGAAAAUCUUCCAUCAUUGGUCCUCCAUUAGAGGAUAAUAAAUCCGUUGACCGCAUCAAAAAAAGCUUUAUUGAACUAGUGGAAUCGAACCAGAGUGGGUCAAGAGAUAUAGAUGAAUUGGUUGACCUCCAAAUGGAAGUACAGUUUGGGAAGGAUGAAGAUUCUUCAGAUCCUGAACCUAAUGACUCACGUUUUUCCAAUGAAAUGGCGAUAUCGGCAGAUUCUAGUACAGCAAGUAACUCUAUAACCAAAAGGAGAAAAAGUGAAUCCGUGCGUAAUAACAUCUCCAACCUUGGACAACAGGCAUGGAAUGAUGUUUCUCUCGUAAAGACAGAUAACAACUCUAACAUUUUGCCUCAGUUAGUGAAUUUACAAAAUGCGUACCAAAUUAACAGAAAUAAUGAGUCUAUGGCAAAAGUAUCCUUGUCAGCACCCUUCUUCAAAACCACAGAUGAUAUAGAUAUGGUCAUUGAAUUAGAUUCAAUAACUACACCUUUACUAAAAGUAACUUCGCUGACUGUAUCCUUGGAAUCAUUUGAAAUCGUGAAUCCAAAAUACAAGACUGAAGGAAAACGAAUGGGGAGUAAACCAAAGGGGAAUGCCGUCUACGAAAAGCAUUUUAUUUGUUUUGAUGAAUGUAAGUCUGUAUCGGUAAAAUUACUUCCUCCAAGAUCGCCCACAAGUCAGAUUACUGGGCAGUUCAAAACAGAUGUCUUUCAACAUAAAUGGAUGAUAGGCCUAAAAUUUGCAAUAGUUGCAAAGACGAAUAAUAUCACUCUAAAUCAAUUUUACGAAGAUAAAAAGGGCGUUCUGUUUCAUUCAAAAGAGACGUUAGAAGGGGAAGAAUUUUCUUGCUACGUCCCUGUUCCUAUACUGGCUUCAUCUGAAGAUUUCAUGGGAUGGUAA